AUGAAGGCCAUCAAGGAUAGACUGCGGAGAAGCUCGACGGAUCAGAAUCUGUUCUCUACAGAGGGUGCUAUAGGCAUGAAAAUACUCUCUGAUCCGUCCAAUUCCGGCCUGGAUAUUGUCUUUGUCCAUGGAUUAACUGGCAACCGCGAGACAACAUGGACGCAUAAAAAGGGCACUUGCUGGCCCCAAGACCUCCUGGUCGGAGACUUCCCUGCUGCACGUAUCAUGACCUUUGGAUACGAUGUCGAUGUCGCUGGACUCUCGACAAUUUCUUCCUCAAAUCGAUUAUACGACCACGGCCAAUCACUGGCCUAUGCGCUUGUCAGCCAAAGAGAAAACUUCCCUACAAGACCCAUCUUAUUUAUUGCACAUGGCUUUGGCGGUCUUGUAUGCCAGCAAGCGCUUAUACUCAGUACUCAGGUUGAUGGUCUCUGGCAAAUCUCAAAUUAUGCUGUUGGCAUUAUCUUCAUGGGAACUCCGCACCACGGUUCAUCAUUAGCAUUUCAUGGCGAGAGGCUCACAAGGUAUAUAAAAGCCUCUCAUAUAGCCAAAAAAGAGACUGUGGGGACAAAUCCUGGGCCGAACGACCUGCAAAGAGUUGGGACUGGAUUUCAGUCUAUGCUUCGUCGGGGGGAUAUCUCUUUGGAGGUCUUUUGUUUCUACGAGGCCAAGCAGAUAAAUGACGCGGUGGGCAGGAUUGUUGAAGAGGACUCUGCAGUCCUUAGAGGCUAUAAGAAUUGCAGUAUUGAAGCUAAUCAUUUCAACAUGGCUAAGUUCAGUGGUCGAUUGGACGCGGGCUAUGAACACAUUCAGACUCUCAUUGCUAGUUUGAUUGCGACAUCUCGGAAGGAGAAUGAGGCUGAUAUUACUGGGACUCCAAAUCAAGCAUCUGUGGGUUCUUCUAUCAAUACUUCCUGCCCAGGAAGCCCUUCGUCGACAAACUACACUUUGCAUGGUCACACCGGCUACAAUGGCUUUCAAGGCGCGAGCUCGAGUGGCUUUUCAAAUUUUACCUUUACUUGA